GAUAGUGCGUGACAAAUUCGCAAAUCGCUUCAAAUAUUGACCGCCCGGCGCCCACUUCUCAGUACUCAGAAACCUUCAUUAAUUAAAGAAGGCGGUCCUUCAACUGGCGCAAAAUGUUAUUACUUUUGCGCCGGUUCCGGUCUCAGCCUCCUUACCUUCUUCCUCGUUGAGCCGAGACAUCACCAACGGGCAACGGCGCACUUUAGUCGCCGCAUCCGAAACCGAGACACGAACAAAUCGCCUGUCGCUUUUACGAAUGGGCAGUAUGGUGACAAGAACGCGUCCCGAUUAUCAUACUUGGUUCGUGUGCUAAAACGGUGUCGCAUCGCCAGAGGAUGCUUGUCAACCGUAUAACCAUCGUGUCGUCGAGGUAUCACAAUCAUCUUUGUCGUUGGUGUCCGUUCAAUAUGGAGCAGUUCGUUCCCCGCCAAGUUUCACUGCGGUUCUCGUCGCUGGGAGACAACGUGGAAUGGGGAAACAGCGGCGCGAAUUGUUCGCGAGGUCGAGAUUCAAGCCCUAGUGGCAAUUCCGCAAUUCCUCUUUAUGACCAUGAAGCGAAUUUGACAAGUCAGGAGGAUAGGUCAUUUGUGCCUGGUCAUUUUGGGAAGAAGCACAAACAUGGUGAUGGUGAAGGACUCCAACAUGGAAGAAACAAGUUUUCAGAUAGUUUAAAGGGUUUGCCUUCGACCAAACCAUUUGAUAUAUGCCUAUCUGGAAGUAGAAGUUGUGUCAAACACACAGGUUCUUUGAAUGGGAAGAACAGUGGGAACUUGAAUACAAUGGGGCACAUUAAAGUGGAAGGGACAAAACAGAGAGUACUGAGGCCUGGGAUGGUUCUGCUUAAACAAUACAUGACCCUCAGCGAACAGGUUGAAAUAGUAAAGAAUUGUCGAGAUCUUGGUCUUGGCCCAGGCGGAUUUUAUCAGCCUGGUUUCCAAGGUGGAGGAAAACUUCAUCUGCAGAUGAUGUGUCUUGGUCUGAACUGGGAUCCUCAGACGAGAAAAUAUGAAGAUCGACGGCAUUUUGAUGGUUGUGAGCCACCUCGCAUUCCACAUGAAUUUAGUCUGUUGGUUAAAAGGGCAAUUCUAGAUGCACAUGCCCUUGUAAAGAAAGAGUGCAGAGUAAGCAAUGUAGAAGACAUACUACCUUCAAUGUCUCCAAACAUAUGCAUUGUCAACUUCUAUACUACCAGCGGAAAACUUGGUCUCCACCAGGAUCGUGAUGAAAGCAAUGAGAGUCUCUCUAUGGGAUUGCCCGUUGUCUCCUUAUCUGUAGGUGAUUCAGCGGAAUUCCUGUAUGGAGAUCAGAGGAAUGUGGACGAGGCAGAGAGAAUUGUUCUGGAAUCAGGAGAUGUUUUGAUUUUUGGUGGUAAAUCUAGACAUAUAUUUCAUGGUGUGCCAUCCAUUAUACAAAAGUCAGCUCCUAAGGCCUUGCUGGAAGAAAGUGGUCUUUGUCAAGGCCGUCUCAACCUUACCUUCAGACAGUCUUGAAGAACCUUUCAAUCAUACCACAGGUCAGGCAUUUGCUAGAAUUGCAUCAAUCCUUGUUAGGUAUUUUACCAUCACAGUCCAGCAGAAUUAUAUUAUACUUGAUUACUAUUUUGACCCAUUGAUGUCACUAUGAAUCGUUAGACUUCCCAUUUAUUUAUUCUUCGA